AUGGGAACCACAAUCUUCAUUUUCUUGGGGCUGGUAAUUACAGUGCAUGGUUUUGUGGACCAUGGUGGCUCUUCAUCAAGACACAAGAUUUUAGAAGUUGAGAGAAAAUUAAAGCAUCUUAGAAGACAUUCCUUAAAAACUAUCCAGAGUGAAGAUGGAGAUGUAAUUGAUUGCAUUGACAUUAACAAGCAACCAGCCUUUGAUCAUCCUGCAUUGAAGGGUCACAAAAUCCAGAUGGUUCCCACUUAUAAUUCAGCUAAGGAGGACAUAACAGUAGGGACAAGAGCUACUAGAAAUAGAAAUAAUUCAAGGAGUGGGAAAGUGAUGAAUGAAAGGGAUGAAGAGUUAUCUCUGAUUGUGACUUCACAAGUGUGGCAGAAGAGUGGAAAAUGUCCAGAGGGAACAAUACCUGUCAGAAGAAUAAGAAAAAGAGAGUUGCUCAAGGCUCAUUCAGUUGAAGACUAUGGAAGAAAGAAGCCAAGCUUCUCUCACCAUCAUCAUGAUGGUCAACUGAACAAGAAUCUUGAUUCCUUUGUUCAACUUAAAAACCACUCUAAGGCAAUAUUGUUGACAGUCGGGUAUCGUUACUUGGGAGGAAAAGCAGACCUGAGAGUGUGUAACCCUUUUGUUGAGAAGGAUGAUGAAUACAGCACUUCUCAAGUGGCUCUCUUAACAGGGCCCUACAAUGACUUUGAGUGUGUUGAAUCUGGAUGGGCAGUCAAUCCCAGUGUGUAUGGAGAUAGACAAACUCGGUUAUUUGUAUACUGGACGGCUGAUGGUUCAAUGAAAACGGGUUGCUUUGAUCUAACUUGUCCUGGCUUUAUUCAGACCAGCAACGAAAUUGCUUUGGGUGCUGCAAUCCAUCCAAUCUCACUUCCUGGUGGCCUUCCAUACGUUAUAACAAUUUACAUUUAUAAGGAUCCCUAUACCAACAAUUGGUGGGUGCAAUAUGGUGAAAAGACCAACAUAGGUUAUUGGCCACCUGAGUUAUUUGAAAGAUUAUGUCACAACGCACAAUCAGUGGAGUGGGGUGGUGAAGUUUACAGUUCAACCAUUGGACACACUCCUCACACAGCGACACAAAUGGGCAAUGGCCAAUUUGCUUCAGCUUUGUCUUUUUCAUCUGCAAUUACAAGAAUGAGAAUUCAUGACAAUUCUGAGGCCUUGAAGAUCCCAGAAUGGGCCAGUGGUUAUUCUGAUGAAUAUAAUUGCUAUGAUGUUUGGUACAUGUCAGAUUACACUGAUGAUCCUCAAUUUUAUUAUGGGGGGCCAGGUAGAAAUCGAUUCUGUCCUUGA